AUGUCCGGAUUAUCGAAACUCAAGUCGUGGUUAUAUAAAGCUUCCCUCUUCGUUUCUUUGAUACUUUUGAUUGGGUUUUCAGUUGUAUUACCAAUAGAUUCCAUCGCACAAGCUUCCAAAUCAGAGAAUAACGCCUUCAAUACGUUCAUUGUUGUUGGUGCUUUAGUUGUUUUUGGUGUUUUUUGUAUCUUUAUUAUUGUUGGAAGAAUGCUAUUUCACAAGAGCUGCUUAAAGGAUAUACCUAGAAGAUAUAUCCCGAUCACGCCGGCUGAUCUCCCGCACCGUUCAAGUCGAGAAGCAGUAUUGCAAAAUAUGGAAAGGUCCAAGGAAUUAACGAUUCUACUCAGAAAACCUAAGGAUCCUGUUAUUCAUGAUGGACUAGAACCUCCGAAGAGAUGUGACUACCCGUCAAAUGAAAAGUUAUUCCCAGAAUACCUAAACUAUGCCGAUUGUAUAAAGAGUUUAACGGACAGGUUAAAAUACCACGGAUUGUUUCUAAACAAUUUAGAUGUUAGGAUGAAACUGGAGGAUACUUUUGCUGAUGUGGUGAACUCUCAAUUUGUUAACCACAAUGCCAAUAAAAUUCAGUUAGAUAAAGCAAAAAAGUUUAUUGCCUUAUAUGAAACAAUCAGAUUUUCAGGCAAAGAUGUUACGAGAGACCAGUUCAUAAACUUUGUUAAAUUAUGUCUCUAUUUUGGAGAAAUGUCAUUAACAAGGGAUAUUUCGUUUGCAAAUUUACAGAAUUUUAAAUUAAACGGUAGUUCUAAUAAUAUUGAAAGAACUGAAUCAAAGUAUUCAAUUAACCCGUUUGAUGAAAACGAAUACGCACAGGAUGAUAUGCAUUAUUUUCCUGAAUCGCCUACUCACUUGGUUAGAGAAAGCAGCAGAAGCACCGUGGCAAGGCAUAUCUCAUCUGGUGUAGACCUGACCAAUUCUGAAGGACACCAGUGCGAGUCAGACUCUGAUUGUAACGCACUGCGCGACAAACUUACAGAAGUAGAUAGCUACAAAAGUGUAAUCCGUCAUUAA